AUGGACGAAUAUCAUAUUGGCUGCCAAUCAGUUGAGUAUCAAUCUCACAAUGGAAGAUAUAGCACACAGGAUAUAUAUCAGAUAAAGAAUGAAAUGAAUAAUCUUUGGUUCCUUAUACUUCUUCUAACUCUACAAUCAUCUGUCUAUAGUUCAAACUCGUGGAAAAAACGACGUCGUCGUGAUGGAACUGAAAAAGAUCAGGAUGCAUACGGACGCAUAUUAUAUCCUAAGCGUCCACAUCAUCAUCGUUCUGAACAUCCAGAAUUACGUAAUCCACCGUUGCCGGAUGAAGAUGGAAUUUCGGAAUUUGUACGACGAGAAUAUUCUGAUAACGUCUACAAGAAAGUUCGGACGUACAGUAAGUUGUGGGCAAGAAGCUUAUAA